CGGCGCUGAGCAAGUGGUGGUCUGGUAGUGACAGAUAUCUCCCCCGCGCGCGUCCCAGCUCCAGGAGUCCUCGAUGGCGCCCGCGGCCGCGGCUGUCGUCGCAGCGGCGAGCCCGGCCGCGCUCCUUGGCUCGUCGUCCCCAAGGAGCCGACGUCCCCAGGGCCGUGCCUGCUCGUUUCGGUGCGACGGGCCGACACUCGUGUCCUCUUCUCUGAAGUCGUCGAGCUGCGCCGGCCAUCAUCCCCGGAUUCGGCAGCCGUACGGACGGCCGCACUGCAGCCAGCAGCAGGCGGAAGUGGUGGGCAGCAGCACCGUCGACGACGACGAGGCGUGCGAGCUGGUGAGCGGCUCGGACCUCGUCAUCGGCGAGGGCGACGACAGCGUCAGCGCCUACCUUUUCAAGGCCGUCAAGAACAACAACGGCACCGGCAUCCUCCUCCUCUCCGACAUCUUCGGCUUCGAGGACUCCGCCACGCGCGACUUCGCCUACCGCGUCGCCUGCAAUGGCUACAAUGUCCUGGUUCCCGACUUGUUCCGAGGGAACCCGUGGAAGCUGAACCUCCCAUUCGACGGCGACAGCUUCCAGCAAUGGCUGGCCGGACAUGCGCCGGGGCGGGUGUCCGGCGACAUCGACGCGUGCACGCGGUGGCUGGUGGACGAGUUCAAAGCCGCGGGGGUGUCCAAGAAGCUGGGCGUGGUCGGGUUCUGCUACGGCGGCGGGCGCCUCGUCGAGACGCUGGCGCGCGACGCGGACAGCUGCUUCAGCGCCGGGGUCUGCUUCUACGGGUCACGGAUGGACGCGUCCCUGGGCGACCGCAUCGCGGCGCCCGUCCUCUUCGUGUGCGGCGACGGCGACCCGCUGUGCGCCGUGGAGACGGUGCGGGAGCUGGAGAGACGCGCGAGAGGCGGCGCACGGGCGGCGGUGUACGCCGGCAGGGGCCAUGGGUUCGCGCACCGGCCGCAGUCGGUGGAGGAGGACGCGGACGCCGAGAACGCCUUCAACGUGAUGCGGGGGUGGCUGCACGACCACCUGCUCGCCUGAUCAGACGGUGUGUAGACAAGCGCGGUACACGGGGGUUGGGUGUUUUGUACGUACGUACGUACUAAUGUGGCAGUGGAGUGCAAAUCAAGGAUGUUACUAAGUACUAGAUUGCUAGUAAAGAGUUUGAGUGAAUUCAGUAAUACUCCCGAAUGCGAAAGUGCUAUUUAUGGUACUUCUAAGACAAUGCAGAAGCUGGAUCUUUGUUCCAUUAUCUUAA